AUGUUAGUAAUACUUUUGUUGUCACUACUUUUACUUUUGAUUGGGAGAAUUUUGUAUGUAGUAGUGAACAUUUUAAUUAAGAGAACACAGUACAAUAAGCAUGUCUGCGGCAACAAGAUUAAAACGGCGAUCGUAAUUGGCUCCGGUGGCCACACAGCCGAAAUACUAAGACUUACGCGAUGCCUGAAUCCAAGUGUCUACAGUCCCAGAAUUUACAUCGUGGCAUCUUCAGACAGUUCUAGCGAAACCAAGAUAGUGUCAAUGGAAGAGUCUUUAGCAAACAAAUUUAAUCGUGAUCUGAAGCAAGCAGAAUUCAAGAUAGUUAAGAUACCACGUAGUAGGAGCGUCAGUCAGUCGUAUUUUACAUCUGUGUUUACAACUUUACAUUCCUUCUGUGUAUGUGUUCCAAUUAUGUGGGCCUUAAGGCCAAAAUUACUGUUGUGCAAUGGUCCUGGUACAUGUAUACCCAUAUGCAUAAUUUCUUUUUUAAUGAACGUCAUGUUUGUAAGUGAUACCUAUAUAGUUUUUGUGGAGAGUGUGUGUAGAGUGAAUACGUUAUCUCUUUCUGGAAAAAUAUUGUAUUAUGUUGUAGACGAAUUUUUUGUCCAGUGGAAAGAAUUGCACCAAAAAUAUAAGAGAAGUAAAUAUUUUGGAAGACUGGUGUAAGAGUUGUAUUCUGAAGGCUCAUAAUUAAAAGAAAACAUUACAUAUCA